GGCGCACCUCGCACAGCUGUCCAAUCGGGUUUCUGCAUUCUUGACAGCUGGCCAAUCACAGAGCUGGCAGAAGACUGAAAACUAUUCAAUAUGGAGACAACAGUCGAAAAGCUUGAGGCGAUGUUCCAGAAGUCAGAGGCAGACCUGGAAUACAUUGAGAGGCGUCUGAAGUUGGAUUUCAUCAACAACAGUGCAGAGAAUGGAUGUCCCACUGAGGAGAAUCCAGCAGUGAUGCUGGAGAACCUGAGAGCCAUCAAGGCCAAACACACAGCAUUGUGCUCUCAGCUGAAGGAGAUCGCAGAAGCACAAAAAGAGUCCAUGGACUCUAUCAGAGACAACUUCAUCAUUGUCAUGGGGCUGAUCCAACACUUCCAACAGACAACUGAUGUGGAGGUUCAGACAUUGACAGAGUCAGAGCAUGAGUCAACAGAGUUCCUUGGUUCCGCCAUCAGUCAGACCACAACUGAGGUGCCUCCCUUUGUAGAAAUGUCUGGCCAACAACACCCACCAAUGGCUCCCGCAGUGUGCAGAAAAUGAAGCAGUUGAAAAUGAAGGUCAGCGAUGAGAAGCUGAGGGUAGUCCAGCCUGACAGGAAAGGCCACUUUCACCUUGUGAUGUAGGAUGGAUCAACAACUGGAAACUGUGUGUGUGUGUGUGUGUGUGUGUGUGUGUGUG